AUGACCAUGUUAUUAACAGAAACGAAACUAAAUGAUACUGCAACAAGAAAGAGACGUCGAAUGGGUGACGAACAAGAAAACACUCGAAAAACAAUGGAUCGCAAUGAUUCAACAGCGUCUAUUAUGAUCAAUCCAGCUACUCAACUACGUCCACACAUCAUGGUUGCACCAGAUUUUAAUUGUGCAGCUGUAUUUCAGCAUGAAAUCAGUCGACUACAACUGUCCGAUUUAUUUUCAACUCAUAAAGCUGCCAUUUUAUUCUUCUAUGAAUGUGAUUUCACUCCUAUUUCUUGUAAAGAUUUAGCACUGAUAAAUCAACAUACUGAGCGAUUCAAGUCAUUAAAUGCAUUUCCAAUUGCUUUGUCAACAGAUACAGAAAUGGUGCACAAAGCAUUUAUACAUCAAUCGUUAGGCUUUGUGCCUAGUUUUCCUCUUGUAUCCGACACUACACGCUCCGUAUCACGCCAUUUUAAUGUGAUAAGUCCCGAGACUGGACUAGCGCAAAGAGCAGCCUUUGUGAUAGACAGCAAAAGACAAGUUCGGUUCUCGUUUGUAUUAGAAGACAGCCGACUUGUUCAUUCUAUGGAUACCAUUUGUUCAAUACUUUACACUUUUUAA